CAUUGCGACUUUGAAAAUAAUUUGCAAUGUUCAAGCGACAGUUUCUAUAAAUAUAAAUGGUUAGUCAGCACACGCAACAGGGAGAAAGAGGAGGGGUUAAUUGUCCACAGAAGAGGAAACAAAGGUUUUAUAGGGGGACUUCCUAUGAUCAUCAAACAAGUGUAUGUUAGCAGCCAGCACAGUCUACGUGUUUGAAGUGAGCAAAAUGAUCAUUGUAUCAGUGGCCUACUUUCUCCUGUUAGUGUCUGAUGCAACAGGGAUUCCUCGAGUCAACACAACCGUCGGGAAAUCAACGAUACUCCCAUGUUUGAUGAACACAACUAUAACUGACCUACAUAAUCUACGAUUUUACUGGCAGGAUGAAAACAAGAAGGUUUUAUACACUUUUGAUAAAGGAACAGAGGUGCCAAAGCUUAUGGACAGACUUUAUCGAGGCAGGAUCACAGCCUUCCAUCAGGACAUGAGAAGAGGAAAUAUCUCAAUCAAACUUGAAAACACAACGAUGGAAGAUAAUCAAAAGGUUUUCGAUGUUUUUGCAACAGUGUUUGGGACUAUGGAAUACGGUGAAACCAAUAAAAUCUGCCAACUUACUUUACAUGUUGACGCUCCAAACGAGAUCCAGACUACCACCUGCCCUUCAAACCGGAGUGGAGCCGACUGGAGCCCCCCCGCCUUGGCUGAAGCUCUCAUGGUGGCUGCUGUUCUCCUCUGGAUCUGAGGUUUAUAAAGCACCUCAAAUAAAUUAAAGGACAUGCUGGGUGAAAAGCGUCUGCAGCAGCUUUCACAUUUCACAACGUUGUUUCACCUAUUUCCAUCUAAUGAUAUGUUUCUUUGAAAUGUUUAUGAAUUCUAUAAAUCUUUAAUACAUUAAAAGUAUGUUGAACACUGGGUACUUAGUAUAAACACACAUAUACUAGGUUAGAGGGUGCUUUGUAAUAAUGAAGCUGCUUUAUAUUUAUAUCUACUUGAUAUUUAUUUUCAUAUCAUUAUCAUGAUAUAAGUGUGAUAGUGAAUAUUUCCAAAAGCUGUGUAGAAAAAAACAUCAUAUCGUCAACAAGUGUCCUUGGCAAGCUACUGAACCCCAGAUUGCUCCCGUGGGAAUGUCUACGAUAUUGAAGUAGUUGUAAGUGACUCCUCUUGAAGACACUGGUACUGGCCUACCAUGCCACCUGUCAUUAAUGAGGAGCACUGUUUGUGUGCAUGUGAGUGUGCAUGUGAGUGUGCAUGUGUGCAGGUGUAGAUGUAAUGCAAUGGCCAUCCAAGUCUGGGACCAUGAACUGUUUCAAAGAAACAAAAUAGAACCUUGGGGGAUGUAGUCAUUGGGGGAGGGUAUAAGCCAAAUGGACAGCAGCUUUGAAGGGAUGACUGUUGAUCUUUUUUUCUUCUUUUUUGAGAUGAAGUGCACUGGAGACAUAAGCUGUAAGACAAACUGACUCAGGAGGAGCAGACUGGGAAGAUGCCAUUGGAAUUAGCUAAACAAAUAAGGAGAGAGGAUUUUCUGCAUGACCAGUAAAAGAAAGAAAGCUGAUACAGCACAUAUAUGGGACACUGCAAGGGUCCCACUGGGAGGGUCAGGGGUCAGUCUUUAGCAAGUAACACCUUAAUAAAGACCUUACCUGCAGUGAACAACUUUUGUACUCAUCUAGACACCUGUGUACAAUGCUAACCACAUUCUGUGUCAGCUCAUUUGCUGGUGGGAAAAAAAUAAUAUAUUAUGAAAUGAUGAAGUGAGGGUUAGGGUCCUCACUUACAGUACAUAGCGCUAUUCCAAUCCUUACAAACCCUAAAAGCACUUUCAAAUAUACAAGUCAGCAUUUACCGAUUCACACACAUGAAUUCAGAGGAAGAGGCUGCUACACAUUCACACACACUCACACACACCUUUAGCCAUGCCAUCAGGAGCAACUUGGGGUUAUGUAUCUUAUCCAAGGAAAGAUUGAAUCGGCCAUUGUUGCUUACGGCCACCCCUGAAGAGCCAUAUAUUUUGUGAAUUUUAUGAUGUAAAAAUGUGAUCCUUUUGUGUGAAACAUAAUAAUAAUAUUAUAUUAAAGAGGCUCUAUUCUGUU